AUUCUUCGUAUCUGGCGCCUCCUCCCGAACAUCUUCAAACAAUUGCUCGCGUCCUCUUUGCGUUUAGUAGUAGUACUACUGGUCGUACCUUGGCGAAUUGACCUCGUGGCAGUACCUGUACCUGGACGGUACCCCUCCUCCGCAUUUGAUAAGACGAAAGCCCCGCGAUCCGAUAAGUUGGUCCAAAGUACCUCGAGGGGCCGACCGAGAAAGAAAAAAAACGUCCCACUCCCGCUUCUUCAACACAGUCAUCAUCUUGUCGCAACGUUUAUACGGCGUCCACGACUUCCUCUUUUUUCCUCCUUAUACCCCCCCCAUCAGUCGCCAUGCCGUCGGAGUCCUUAACUUUAGAUCCGUCGGCCUUCGACUCUAUUCCCGACGCCCUCAAUGCCUUCCGCAACGGUGAAUUCCUCGUCGUACUAGACGACCCUUCACGCGAAAAUGAAGCCGACCUGAUCAUAGCCGCCGACUCCAUCACAACCGACCAAAUGGCCUUCAUGAUCCGCCACUCAUCAGGCCUAAUAUGCGUCCCCCUCCCCGCCGCCCGAGCCGACGCCUUGGACCUACCCCUCAUGGUCCCGGCCCACGCGACACAAGACCCCCGCGGCACCGCCUAUACCCUCUCCGUCGACGCCGCCGAUCCCUCCGUCACAACCGGCAUCUCCGCCCACGACCGCGCCCUCGUCUGCCGCGUCCUGGCCGACCGAAACUCCACCCCCACCAGCCUCCGCAAGCCGGGCCACGUCCUACCCCUCCGUGCCCGCGCCGGCGGCGUGCGCGUUCGCCCGGGCCACACCGAGGCUGGCGUUGACCUCGCCCGCCUCGCCGGCCGAGGCGACACCGCCGUCAUAUGCGAGCUCGUGGACGACGGCGAGGAAGUCCCCGGCCGUGCCGAACGCACGGGCUCCGGCAUGCUGCGCGGCGAACAGUGCAUCGCUUUCGCCCGCCGCUAUGGCCUCAAGGUGUGCACUAUUGCUGACCUCGUCGCCUAUAUCGAGAAGACGGAGGGGAAGCUGGACGUCAACGGGUCGGCUUCGUAGUAUGGUCUCCCCCCCCCCCCCUUCUUCCCCCGAAGACGUCUCGGCUAGGGGACAGAUGGCAGAUGGGGCCCCCAGAGGUCUGGGCUUUAUCCAGAAGCUGAAGGCAUGAUGAGCAAGAGAGGAGGAAUGGGUCUAAGUCACGAAUCGCCAUUCCAAAGUACAGCGUCAUAGAUGCUGCACUCGCUGCAUUCAUUGGGUUCAUUCAGGUGGGCAUGGCAACGAAAAUUUUCGGAAUUGUCUGGUUUAUCAUACACAAAAAUUCAACCACAUGCAUAUACAUGUAUGUUUUUCUUUUCCCGGUUUAUUUCAGGCGGCGUAUCACAGUUGGAGUGUGGUGGGUGCGACUCAGGUCAAUAGAACACGCAUUGCAUUCAGUUGCAUUUUCGAUAAAAUCAUUCUACCUCAAGU